CAUUUUGAACCAAAUAAAAAAUUACACUAAGGAAAGCAAAAAAAUCACACUCAUAAUGUUUCUCCAAACCCUCUUCAUCCUCUCCCUCCUUUCCGCCUCCUCCCACGCCUUAGAUUUCUGCGUGGGCAACCUGUCCCUUCCGCCCGGGCCGGCGGGCUACCCAUGCAAGAAAUCCACCUCGGUGACCGAAAACGACUUCGUUUAUUCGGGCCUAGCGGCCGCCGGGAACACCACCAACAUCAUCAAGGCCGCCGUGACCCCGGCCUUCGACGCCCAGUUCCCGGGAGUGAACGGGCUCGGGCUGUCCAUGGCCCGGCUCGACAUCGACGUCGGCGGCGUGGUCCCGCUCCACACGCACCCCGGCGGCUCGGAGAUCCUCGUCGUCGCCGAAGGGACCCUGUCGGCCGGAUUCGUGUCCUCGUUCGAUAAUAAGGUGUACUAUUCCAAGACACUUAAGGAAGGGGACGUCAUGGUUUUCCCACAAGGGUUGUUGCACUUCCAAAUAAACGUCGGGAAAACCAAAGCCACGGCUUUUGUCACCUUCAGUAGCCAAAACCCAGGCCUCCAAAUCACGACCUUCGCGUUGUUUAAGAAUGAUUUGCCGACAGAUAUCGUGAAAACCGUCACUUUCCUAGACGAGGCUCAAAUCAAGAAGCUCAAGAGUGUCCUCGGCGGCACCAAUUAAUCUCAGCUCACUCGAUUUCAUAUAUAUAUAUAUAUAUAUAUAUAUAUGUUAUGUUAUGUUCCUAGCUAGGUAGUGCUAUGUUUCUUAAUCAGAUCGAACAAAUUAUUCUGUUCUGGCCGUGCUCACGGUUAUGUCUUUCAUUGAUUUUCCAGUGCUAAUUCUAGCAGUGUAGUGUUUCCUUCGUUAAUUUGUGUAUUUUGUUGAGAGCCCAAUUUGUUUGAAUUGGCAUAUAUGCAAUGGGAUGUUUUGUUCUUUUCUA